GCUGAAACUCCCUCCCUUGCUCAAACGAUACCUAAAAAUGAACCAAUCUGCGCAUAUGGCCUAAAUAUUUGAGUGAAUUUAAGCUAGGUUUUCAGACUAUCUAUGGUGAGCGAACCCACCUGAAGUCACCAUGAAUAUCAACACUCAGAAUCUGGCGGGUACCAUUACCAUCAACCCAGCCCACAUCACCUCCGACAUGAUGAGUGAUGGUAUGAGUGGCCCCAGCUCCCCAGAGAGUGAAGCGUUUGACCCCACAGACCUCCUCACAGCCGACGAAGUCACAUCUCAACUUGCAGCCUCGGGCACAGUUGGGAUCGCUGCAGCAGCUGCCAUAGCAACUGGUAAGAAACGAAAACGACCGCACAUGUUCGAGACCAACCCUUCCAACAGGAAAAGACAGCAAACUAGAUUACUUAGGAAGCUGAAGAUGGCCAUCGAGGAGUUCACAACACGAGUAGGUCAGCAGGCGGUCAUUGUCUGCUGUACCCCUGGCAAAGGGACCAAGUCAGUCCAGUCCUUCAAAGUGUUUGGCUCUCAGCCUCUUGAAAGUGUGAUGCGUAACUGUCGCAACAUGAUUCUCCAGGACCUGGAGACAGCCCUGGCUGAGCAGGUUAUGCCACAGAUGGAGAAUUCCAGCAUGCAUGACUUACCUCCCUUGUGUAUUGAUGGCAUCCCGACUCCAGUUGAUAAAAUGACUCAGGCGCAGCUGCGAGCAUUCAUCCCACUCAUGCUCAAGUACUCGACCGGUCGGGGCAAGCCCGGGUGGGGUAAGCCGGAACACCGCCCGAUGUGGUGGCCAGAGGAUCUACCCUGGGCUAAUGUCCGCAGUGAUGCUCGCACAGAGGAACAGAAGCAGAAGGUUUCUUGGACUGAGGCCCUCCGCACAAUUGUUAAAAAUUGUUACAAAAACCAUGGCCGUGAAGAUCUGCUUCAUAUCUUCAAUGAUGAAGGAACAUCCGUUCAGCAAGCUCAGCCCCAGUAUGCUGCAGCCAUGAAUGGGACCCUGCUUCAGACUGUCAACAACCCUGACGGUUCUGUGUCCAUCAUACAGAUAGACACAACCACUCCAGGCAGUGUCGUCACUCUGCCUGAUGGGACACAGGCCACUGUUGUACAUGCGCAGGUUCACAACAGUCAACAGCAACAGCAACAACAGCAGCAGCAACAGCAGGAGACAGCUCAAGCAGUCCACACACUUGCUGAUGGCUCCAUCGCUCAGGGAGACCAAGUCCAUAUGAACUCUCUCAGUCUGGAUAUGGCAGACAGUCACACCCAGCAGGCUGUUGCUCUUCACGGGGCUGCACUCGGACAGGAUCAUCAGCUGGUGCUUACUGGAGACACAAAUCUUUGUGCUACAGAUUCAGGUGUUGUGACUAUUCCAGUGUCCCUGUACCAGUUGGUGCAUCCCAAUGUAAACCUACCAGGACCCCAGCUAACUGCUGCCCAGUCACAACCAGGCAUGCAUGUCACCAUGUCCACAUGUAAAGACACAUCCGGCAUGUCACUCCAGCCAGUAGAGGUCAUGUCGGUCAGUCAGACAGGAGACACAUGACCAGUCAGAUGGCAGUGAUGCAUACAGUCUCGUACAAGUGCUGGAACACCUUGUCCCUUCUGAAACAGUGACAUUUCACAAACCAGUCUGUGGUCCUCCGCUGUGUACAGAUGGAACAGUGCUGGAACACCUUGUCCCUUCUGAAAUAGUGACAUUUUUCAAACAAGCCUGUGGUCCUCCCAUGUGUACAGAUGGAACAUGGAUAUGUGAUGGCCUGCCCAACAAGACAGCCUUGUGUUAUAUUUCCGUGGAUACUGCACCCCACUGGUUGUGAAUAUAUACUCUGGAUAGCCCAAUGACAGCUCAGAACUGAUAAUAUGAUUGACUGGAAUGACUGUAUUGUUUUCCUUUCAACGCACAGGGACCAUGUUUCAUGUUACAGCAGUAUGUGCUUUCUGGUUCAGUUUCCAGCAGGGAUACAGUUAAAACAGCUUGUAUAUACUGUAAAUCAUGAAAUUAUUGCGAGCAUUUUAUUAAUGUGUCUGUACUCUUCUCGCAUUAUUAUAAUGACGCAUUUCAGUCUGA